AAUUAGUUAUUGUCAGUUGACCUCAACACAAAGUGAGCCCUAUCUUCUAAGUUCAACGAGAUCAGUUUUAGGCACGAGGAAACACGUUGAAACGAUGACAAUGCUUAUGUUUUGUUUCCUCAUAUUUCUCUGCGAAACAGCUUUUUGUCAGUUGGCGCCUUCCGCGGGAUUUCAACGAACAGUGGUGUUCAUCAAACGACAAUCAUAUCCAUCUCAGUAUGUCUUUUUACGGGGAGGGCGAAAUGACGGCAGUCCAAUUCCAAUCCGCCAUCGGGUGAAGCCCACCAUUGGCAGUGAUAGCCGCUACUACGACUGGUCGCAAGGGGAUAAUAAUCUUGACUGGGAUGCUCAAGAAAAUGGACAGUGGAACUUUAAGUCUUUCCAAAAGCCCGGAGGAACGCCUUUGAUGUGGACAACCAAUGUUCAAGGGACUGUCAACGUUACGAAAGAUGGCGCUGGUUACACCCCGAUAAACACAAUGGGGCCACACUACUGGAUGAUGGACGUUGACAUGGACUGUAACAAGACAGACGAUGGCUGGUUCCAAUUAAAGGCCUUUGUCGUCCACGGAGAAAAGAACGACUACAUCAGCUGGAACGGAAACAACGGCGAGUGGGAGAGAGGUGUAGAGCAGACGACAUGCUGGGGCGACCAUAAAAAGUUCUCCGGAGUCAACAACCACGUCGCCAAAUGUGGAGCCAUCAAUGUUUUCACCUACGGAGAGGGGACACCAUGCGUUGUGUCAAAGAGCUUCGGCGAUCCUUUGUUGGGCUGAGUUCUACACUGCGAUUACCCAUAGUUGUACACCACACUAACGAUAUCCGUUACAAGGGUUAAUAAUGGUGAACGGCCUUUUUCGUAGUUUUUCGAAAAAAAGCAAAUACCCUAAUGUUGAAAUUUUAGCCGUUUUCAACCUUAUCAACGACGAUACACUACAAAUAUUCGAUUUCGGGAAAUUGUUUUGCAAAAAAAUUAUCAGUUAAUAUAACACAGUUAAAAGGCACGUUUUCACUUGUCUUUGUUGGAUACUUUGAGUGAUGU